UUUCGGGUCGAUUGAAUAUCACUUCCCUCUCCAACACCAACCAUAUGGCCAAACUCUCUUUCGGCUCCACAUUCACCAUAUCCCUUUCCCUCCACAGAUUUCACCCAGUCACUGCCUUCCACGUCUCCACUCCCACCACCACAACCAGCACACCAUCCCCUGAUCACCACCCUUCCCUGGAGGUCUUAGGCGGAGCUCGCGACCGCUUCCUCCCAGCUCUCCAUUCCACCCUCCGCCAACCUUACAAACCUUUUCCCCUCAUCGGUUGGAACCGACACGUCGAGACCAUUUUCGCUUCCUUCUUCCGCAACGUCCCCGACGUCAGGUUACGUCGGGAAUGCCUCCGUGUCGAAGACGGCGGCACCGUCGCGCUAGACUGGGUCUCCGGCGACCAUUACAGCCUCCCUCCCGAUGCCCCAAUCCUCAUUCUGCUGCCGGGUUUGACUGGAGGAAGCCAGGAUUCAUAUCCAAGACAUUUGAUAACUAAAGCAAAGAAUAAAGGGUGGCGCGCCGUGGUUUUCAAUAGCCGAGGUUGUGGCGAGAGUCCAGUCACCACUCCUCAAUUCUAUUCAGCUUCCUUUGUCGGGGACAUGCGUGAAGUAGUGGCACAUGUUGGCUCUAGAUACCCAGAAGCUAAUCUGUAUGCUGUUAGUUGGUCUCUUGGUGCUAACAUUCUUGUUCGAUAUCUUGGUGAUGAAUCUCAUGCUUGCCCUCUUUCCGGUGCUGUCUCAUUGUGCAAUCCUUUCAAUUUGGUUGAUGCUUUUGAGGAAUUCACCAAGGGCUUUAACCGUGUUUACGACAGAGCUCUUGCUAGAUCCAUCCGUGAAAUAUUCAAGAAGCAUAUCCUCCUAUUCGAAGACAUCGGGGGUGAAUUCAACAUUCCCUUGGCUUUAAACGCAGAACGCGUUAGGGACUUUGACGAAGGAUUAACACGAGUUUCGUUUGGUUUUAAGUCGUUGGAUGAGUACUACUACAAGGCUAGCUGUUUUCAUUCCAUAAAACAUGUUCAAAUUCCAUUGCUCUGCAUCCAGGCUGCAAAUGAUCCGAUUUCACCUGCUAGGGCAAUUCCUCGGCAAGAAAUCGAGGCUAAUCGGAACUGUUUGUUAAUAGUGACACCCAAAGGUGGGCAUUUAGGGUGGGUUGCAGGUGCCGAGGCGCCUCUAGGAGGUCCAUGGUCCGAUCCCGUGGUGAUGGAUUUUCUCGAGCUGUUGGAAAGAGGUAUACAAAAGACUCCCGGAUUGCCUAACGAUUCGUUAGCUAGUCCAGAAGGAUUGCAUCACGUACACGUAUAGCAAGCAAAAUUAUACAUGGAUUAAGUUCGAUGAAUAGCAUCGUCAAUUCAAUUCUUUAUUUAUCGAACUAUAUCUGUAGCCGUUGUACCAUGGCCGAAAAUCGUGUCCUAAGGGACCUUGUAUGAUGAUGACCAGAUGAUG